AUGGCGGGUCCUAUACACGUCCUCGACGACUACUACCUCUCCAUCACGCUCCUCGUCACCGUCGCGUUUCAGCUGUUCUUCUUCGCGAUAGCGUACAGCUUCAAGUUUGACAAACUUACAGACUUCGCCGGUGGUACCAACUUUGUGGUCCUGGCCGUGCUCACGCUAGCUCUGAGCCGCAAUCCUGAUGCGCGACAGAUCGUCGCCUCGGUGUUUAUUAUGGCGUGGGGAUUGCGGCUCUCGCUUUUCUUGCUGUACCGCGUACUACGGACAGGCAAAGACGAUCGCUUCGAUGGCACGCGCGAUCGGUUCUUUCCGUUCCUUGGCUUUUGGGUCUUUCAGAUGCUUUGGGUGUGGGCCGUCUCGCUGCCCGUUACUAUCUUAAACUCCCCCGCCGUUCGUGGUUAUCAGCCGCAGGUUUCCUUCGGUACGGGUCGGGAUAUAGCAGGUGUGGUUUUAUUUGCUAUCGGCUUUGCUAUGGAGAGCGUGAGCGAUGUGCAGAAAUUUGUGUUUCGGUCAAGGAAUGAUCGGGGCGCCAUUUGCGACUCGGGGUUCUUCUACUGGAGUCGUCAUCCGAAUUAUUUUGGGGAAAUCAUUAUUCAGUUCUCUAUAUAUAUGAUAUGCGUCUCGCCUGCUGCUGAUGACCCCGUCGCCGGACAAGCAUUCAAUGCGCUUUACGCUACAAUCUUGGGUCCCUUCUUCCUCACUAUCCUGCUCAUGUUCGUCUCGGGGUUGCCGUUGUCCGAGCGCCCGGGCGCUAAGAAGCGGUACGAGAAGGGUUUGAAUUGGGAAGGCUAUCAGCGGUAUUUGAACCGUACUAGCAUCCUUAUCCCGUUCCCGCCACAGAUAUAUGAACGGCUCCCUACUAUCGUAAAGAGAACGGUGUUCCUUGAGUUUCCUAUGUACGUAUUCGAUCCGGCCAAACACUCGGAGAUCACCGAAAAUAGGCAAAGCAGCGAAUGA